UACAAUGUCCAACGGGAAGCACGUAAAGACGCUCGUGGAGCGGUGAAUCCUGUGGUGUUUUUGUGGCGAAAAAUGGCAACGUUUUGCAGGUCUUUAACUCUUUUGGGGAGGCCGACAAGCUCGCUGGUCUACAGGUUGACAGCUGCGCGCCAGUGUAGCUCAGGUGGUCCGUACGAGUACAUCCUGGUGGAUAAAAAGGGAGAAAAUAAAAAUGUGGGUUUCAUUCAACUGAAUCGGCCAAAGGCCUUGAACGCCCUCUGUGAUGGUCUGAUGAAGGAGAUGGGUAAGGCUCUGGAUGAUUUUGAAGCUGACAGUCAGGUUGGAGCCAUAGUCAUCACAGGCAGUGACAGGGCAUUUGCAGCUGGUGCAGAUAUUAAGGAGAUGCAGAACAGGACCUUUCAGGAGUGCUAUGGUGGAAACUUUCUUUCGCACUGGAACCGGGUUUCUACAGUGAAGAAGCCAGUCAUCGCUGCUGUGAAUGGCUAUGCUCUGGGUGGAGGGUGCGAGUUGGCCAUGAUGUGUGACAUCAUUUAUGCUGGGGAGAAGGCUCAAUUUGGGCAGCCAGAAAUCCUGCUGGGAACCAUACCUGGUGCUGGUGGAACUCAAAGGCUCACCAGGGCUGUAGGGAAAUCCCUUGCCAUGGAGAUGGUCCUUACUGGAGACCGGAUCUCAGCACAGGAGGCUAAACAGUCAGGUCUUGUAAGUAAAGUUUUUCCCAUUGACCAGUUGGUACCAGAAGCAGUCAAAUGUGGAGAGAAGAUUGCUGCCCACUCUAAGAUUAUCUCCGCAAUGGCAAAGGAAGCUGUCAAUGCAGCAUUUGAGUUGACACUAGCUGAGGGCAAUCGACUGGAGAAGAGACUGUUCCAUGCUACCUUUGCAACUGAGGAUAGAAAGGAAGGAAUGACAGCCUUCGUAGAAAAGAGAAAGGCCAAUUUCCAAGACCAGUAAUGAAGAGAAUACCAUUUUAAGUGGUUGAUCUAGAGAAGUCUAAAAUCUGAGGUCAGAGGGUUGAGUUUAUCACAUGCCUUAAGCUUUCACACAUCUGCUGUGUCCUCACUGUUUUCCAUACUCUUGAAUUGUCAAGACCUUCAUAGUUGCAUGACGAAUCCCAUCGAAUUUUGUGAUUACCGAAUUAAUUGCGUUUUUAAAUUUUCAAUGCAGUUAAAAAUAGACAAUUUGUUCAAAACUGUUGAUCUUAAUAAAACAUAAUUGCAGUUCUGCAUAUGUCAUUAAACAAGUGACGUAUACAUGGCAUAAUAUGUAGUAAGACUGAAAACUGUAAUAAACAUAGAAUUAAAUACUUUGA